AGCUGGAAAAUCAGGGUACUGGUUCAUUUGACACAGUUAUCUACGUCUGUCUCCGAAAAGGUGUUAAUUUUGUGUUUGGACCACCCGCAUUUUAAGAGAGAUAUCUUCACUUAAGUCCUAGAACGCACGUAUUUCUGAAUUCCCAGCACAUUGACGGCACCAACUACUGUAGUAACUCUACAACGAAUCUUACACUGAGUUAAGAGGCCCAAAAGCGUUCGUUUUCGCAGAAGGUUCUGUGCGCGGAAACGGUUAAAUCAGAUCCCGUUUCUAGUUCGGUCUCUGAUCUCACGGACGCCGAAGACAAGUUGCCAUGGGGAUACCACUGGAGUUAUUUCUGGACGAGGUCCCGGAUGGAUGUAUUUGUGUUAUCUGCCAAGAUGUCCUCCAAGACCCCCGGGUUUUACCUCACUGCGACCACGCCUUUUGUGCUGAGUGUUGCGAAACAUGGCUGAAAACUAACAACAGAUGCCCUGUGUGUCGCAGCUCGGCAGAACUCGGCAAUCUCCGCCAGAUGAGUUCGGAGGCAAGAGACAAGCUGGAUCACGUGACACUCAGUUGCGAUAACUAUGAUUCUGGAUGCACAGCUGUCAUGAGGAUCCCACAGCGCAGUAGCCAUUUGGCUGUGUGUCCUUUUACCAAAGUAAAUUGUCCAAACAAAGAAUGCACAGACACCUUCCUCCGUCAUCAGCAGCGCGCCCACGCUGUCACGUGCAAGUACCGUAUCGUCUCGUGUGGUCAAGGCUGUGGACUGAAGAUGGCGCACGUGGACAAGAAAGAACACAGUUGCAUCCGGGCACUUCGAGAAGAGAUGGACAACAUGCGAACGCAGUACCUUGCAGAUGCCGCUGCGAUAAAUAAGAAAUUAGAAGAGCUAAGUUUCCAAAUAAGACUAGGACGUGAGGCGAAAAACAAAGAGAUUCGAGCAUGUUCAGCAAAUCGACAAAGAACAAGAGGUUGCUCUGCGUCUCAUCUACUCAGAACAGAACAGCCCAGUAGAAAUCUCUUGCAAGUUUGUGAUCAGGAGGACGACAUUCCGGAGCAUGCGCAGACGAUCAAGUUACCCAGAAUCGCGCCACUGCAUACCGCUAUGAACAUCACUUUUGCAGCAGCUAAAGGGCGUGGCCGACUGAGGCGUUCAAAGGAGAGACGAAAUGGCGAGGUAAUUACUGGUGAUUGAAGAGGCGUGGAAUUCAUACAUGUUAUCCAAUGAGAGCACUGAUGAGAGAUGUCAGUUUGGAGGGGGAGUGGCUAACUCUUCCGCACCAGAAGGUGGCGGUGUUGAGAAAACGUUAUCACACGCUAUAUGUUGAAAUUAUGGCACUAAGAUAAGACGUCCUAACUGCAAUGGAAAUGUGCCUCAGUAAUUUACAUUUUACUGUUAAGAGACAACUCCAGUCAGUGAAAAUUGUGGACAUUUGUGAUCAAGAAUUUAUAAUCAUUAUUUUUUAAUAUCGAAUAAUAUCGAAAUUUUAAUAUUUAAAAAUGUUAUUCAAAUGAUUGAUGAAAUAGACCGAAUCCUUGUGUAUCAUGAAUACAAAAACGAUUGUCAAGAACUCUGAAAUUACACCUACCGCUGAGAAAUACAUGUAACAACUGCAUAUAAGGAUUAUA